GGUUUUCCCUGAUGAAUUUCACCUCCAGACUUUGAAUCCUUUUCUUCGGGCCUGUGCUGAGUUACACCAGAAUGUAAAUGUGAAAAACAUAAUCAUUGCUUUAAUUGAUAGAUUAGCUUUAUUUGCUCACCGUGAAGAUGGACCUGGAAUCCCAGCGGAUAUUAAACUUUUUGAUAUAUUUUCACAGCAGGUGGCUACAGUGAUACAGUCUAGACAAGACAUGCCUUCAGAGGAUGUUGUAUCUUUACAAGUCUCUCUCAUUAAUCUUGCCAUGAAAUGUUACCCUGAUCGUGUGGACUAUGUUGAUAAAGUUCUAGAAACAACAGUGGAGAUAUUCAAUAAGCUCAACCUUGAACAUAUUGCUACCAGUAGUGCAGUUUCAAAGGAACUCACCAGACUUUUGAAAAUACCAGUUGACACUUACAACAAUAUUUUAACAGUCUUGAAAUUAAAACAUUUUCACCCACUCUUUGAGUACUUUGACUAUGAGUCCAGAAAGAGCAUGAGUUGUUAUGUGCUUAGUAACGUUCUGGAUUAUAAUACAGAAAUUGUCUCUCAAGACCAGGUGGAUUCCAUCAUGAAUUUGGUAUCCACAUUGAUUCAAGAUCAGCCAGAUCAGCCUGUAGAGGACCCUGAUCCAGAAGACUUUGCUGAUGAGCAGAGCCUUGUGGGCCGCUUCAUUCAUCUGCUGCGCUCUGAGGACCCUGACCAGCAGUACUUGAUUUUGAACACAGCACGAAAACAUUUUGGAGCUGGUGGAAAUCAGCGGAUUCGCUUCACAUUGCCACCACUGGUAUUUGCAGCUUACCAGCAAGCUUUCUGAUACAAAGAGAAUUCUAAAGUGGAUGACAAAUGGGAAAAGAAAUGCCAGAAGAUUUUUUCAUUUGCCCACCAGACUAUCAGUGCUUUGAUCAAAGCAGAGCUGGCAGAAUUGCCCUUAAGACUUUUUCUUCAAGGAGCACUAGCUGCUGGGGAAAUUGGUUUUGAAAAUCAUGAAACAGUCGCAUAUGAAUUCAUGUCCCAGGCCUUUUCUCUGUAUGAAGAUGAAAUCAGCGAUUCCAAAGCACAGUUAGCUGCCAUCACCUUGAUCAUUGGCACUUUUGAAAGGAUGAAGUGCUUCAGUGAAGAGAAUCACGAACCUCUGAGGACUCAGUGUGCCCUUGCUGCAUCCAAACUUCUGAAGAAACCCGAUCAGGGCCGAGCUGUGAGCACCUGUGCACAUCUCUUCUGGUCUGGCAGAAACACGGACAAAAAUGGGGAGGAGCUUCACGGAGGCAAGAGGGUAAUGGAGUGCCUAAAGAAAGCUCUAAAAAUAGCAAAUCAGUGCAUGGACCCCUCUCUACAAGUGCAGCUUUUUAUAGAAAUUCUGAACAGAUAUAUCUAUUUUUAUGAAAAGGAAAAUGAUGCGGUAACAAUUCAGGUUUUAAACCAGCUUAUCCAAAAGAUUCGAGAAGACCUCCCGAAUCUUGAAUCCAGUGAAGAAACAGAGCAGAUUAACAAACAUUUUCAUAACACACUGGAGCAUUUGCGCUUGCGGCGGGAAUCACCAGAAUCUGAGGGGCCAAUUUAUGAAGGUCUCAUCCUUUAAAAAGGAAACAGCUCACCAUACUCCUUUCCAUGUACAUGCAGUGAGGGUUUUAUUAUGCUAGGUUUUCCUUCCAUAGAUUGUGCCUUUCAGAAAUGCUGAGGUAGGUUUCCCGUUUCUUACCUGUGAUGUGUUUUACCCAGCACCUCCGGACACUCACCUUCAGGACCUUAAUAAAAUUAUUCACUUGGUAAGUGUUCAAGUCUGUCUGAUCACCCCAAGUAGCAUGACUGAUCUGCUAUUUAAAAUUCCUGUGAUCUGUAAAAAAAAAAAAAAAACCCACAAGCACUUAUCUUGGCUACUAAUGAAGCUCUCCUCCUUUUUUUGUUUGUUUGUUUCAUUGUUGAUUGUGUAUUUUCUUCAUUAUUGGGGAGUACUAACCCAAAAGUGUCUGUCUCUUUUGUUCUUUAGUCCAAUUUGAGAUUAAUUUAGAAGAAAGGAAUACUGUAUGUGAAAUUCAGCUUGGGCUUUUCCCUAAAUUGCAAGAUAAGGCCAUGUGUAAGAUUUUCCCUAAAACUAGAAUAUAUUAAUGCAUGUUUGAGAAUUUUAAAACACCAUGGUCAAAACGAGAAGUUAUAUUUUGCAUAUUUGGACUCAGCCAUCCAUUAAGAACUUGUGUUGUCCUCUGGACAUAUUUAUCAAUAUAAUUCGGUUUUAAAUAGUAUAAAAGAAAAUUUGUGAUCUAUAUAAUUUAUGUAUCACCUUCAUUGUAAAUUUAGCAGGAAAUGCAUCACAAUUAUGAUUUUUUCCUUCCUUUUUUUUUUUUUUUUUUUUUUUUUGCACCAGUGAAACAAUAAAGUUGCUAUUAACAA